CGCCCCUCUCACAUCCUGUUGUUGCGGAUUUUCGCACACCGCCAAUCCGUAUAAAAGCUCUAUCAGCUGAUCACAACGACAUCACUCAGCGAUCAGUAGUCUUCAGCAAAGCACAUCCUCCUACUGCAAUCAUCUCUCCAACCAUGGCUUCCAAAUUCGUUCUGAUCGUCGUUUCUCUGGCUUGCGUCAGCGCUGGAUACAUCCCGAGCGACCACUCCCAUCUGUCCUACGGUGUGGCCCCGGCUGUGAGCUACUCCAACGUCAUCAAGAACGUUGCCCCAGUGCCAGUGCUGAGCAAGACCAUCCUUCCGGAGCCCCAGCUGUACCACGGAUACGCCCAGACUGCCCCGUCGGUUGUGGUCAGCAAGCCUCUGGCUCUUACCAACCCUCUGCCCGUGUCCUAUGCUGCCCCUCACUCUCUGUACCAGGCUCCGGCUCUCGAGUACACGAAGCCUCUGUCUUAUGGCCCAUAUGCCAAGACUGUGAUCGCUGCUGAGCCAACCUACGCCAAGACUGUGAUCACUGCUGAGCCAACCUACGCCAAGACCAUCGUGUCGGAGCCCAUCUACACCAAGAACGUGUUCGCUGAGCCGAUCUACCCAGCCAAGACGCUGAUCGCUGAGCCGGUGUACGGCAAGAGCAUUCUCGCUCAGCCAGCUCCGAUCUACGGUGGAAAGGUUCUGUCCUAUGGCCCGCAGUUCGCCUACGGAGGCUAUGGUGCCCAUGGCUGGUAAAUGUUUUGACUGUGAUAAUGUAUGGGUUAAAUGCAGCCUUAGAAAUGUUUGUGAUAUGUGCAAGAAUAAACGUUUAUUUAUGAAAUCUUAUGCUUUGUUUUAGAUUUGUUUCACUCUAGAAAAAAGGGGAGUAAUAUUAUGAUUUAUCGACUCUGUUACUGCAAUUUUUAUUCUACUAGUUAAUAAGGCUCGGUUACAAGAUUAUGCAAGAUAAUUUCUGGAGUAAUAUUAGGAUACAGGAUACCUACAGUUAUUAUUAGAAUGCGUGCAACAAAUUUCUUAAAACACAACGCAAGUGCCAUGUGAUUUUUAAUUUCAAUGGACACAUUAAGAGAAACCGAAUCAUAACCCAUACUGAUCCUGAGAACCCAUGUCUGUUCUGAACCUUAACCAAAUGAACGUACUCUGGCCCUGGAAUUGAUCCUGAUACCAUACCGUUCGUGGAAUUGAUCCCGAUCCCAUAACGGGUGUGGAAUUGAUCUUGACCCUAUACCCGUCCUGGCACUGCUCCCAAAGCCGUACCGGCUCUGGAAUUGACUAUCAACCCAGAACUUCCACUGAACCCAUUCUGGUCCUAUUACUGGUACUGGACCCAUUCAAAUAUUGUAGCAUAUACCUACCGCUACUGGGACUGAUCCCAGACAAAUACCAGUCCUUGAACUGUUUACAGGGUUUUCCAAGUCACUCAAAUGUAAACAUUGUUAUUCACCGCGUGCAAUAUGUUAUUCCACAACAAUUAGACUUGUCAUUUCCAUCAUAAUCAUUUUUAAUUUCAUCAGCAUGACUUUCAACACGCCUCAAGCUGGAUUGAGUUUAACAGUUCUUUGUUGUGUGUUGAAAAUCAUGUGUUGAAAAUGAAAUUUUAUUUUGAAGCAAAUAAACCAUAUCACAGUUGUUGAAAAACAUCUUGGAUGCAGUGAAUAAUUAUGUGCACAUUCUUAAGUGACUUAGUUUCAGAAGCAGUCUCAGUCAAGGAACUAUCCAGUCUAGUGGUUUCGCAAGUACCAUCGUCUUGAGCAAAGAUUGACUAUUCGGCUGCGUGGUAUUUUAAAAAGUCUCGAAAGCUUGUAUAGUCCAUCAUGGUAUAUUACAUCUAAAAGAAAAUUAUUUGCUGCUGAAUUUUUUUUUAUAGAAAUGUUGCCGCGAUAUUUUUAUACAUCCGGACCUAGAGUGGUGGCCACCUAAAGUAAGACACAUAUUUUCUGGCAUUAAGGCUUCCUCGACAGUUCCUUAAACUACUUAUUGGAAAACUUGCCACUCACGUCGUAUAUGACAUUCUUAUGAGCCGUAGAGCAAUGCUUGGGGCAAUAAUUAGGCCGAUAUAUGGAAAAAUUGCUAAAAAUUACGCAUAAAUGUAUAUACUGUCUGAAAUCGCCAGUUUAACUUCAAUUGACUGUCAUCUAUUGAAUAUGUGCUUUUUAUUUGACACGUUUUUUCAUACAAUUUUUAACAGGUCAUGAGAUUUUUAUCAAUUUUUGAAAAAUCGUUUAUCUAUACAAAUGCACGCUUUUUACUGCC